AUAAAUAAACAUAAAUAAAAUUUGUUUUGUUUAAUAAAAUUCAUUUAGUAUUUUACUUUUGUCGCGUUUGGAGGCAUUUUAAGAAACUAUAAUAAAUACUCGCUUGUUUUAAAGGAAAUUUAAUAAACAAAUUUAUUGUUUAAGUGAUUUUUUUUCUACCAGCAUUUAAUUACUUUGAAAAUUUUUUUUGUUUUAUAAAUUAACAUGAUAUACUAAAUUAAAAUUAAAGAAUAAACAUAAAGUGCCAUAUUAAGUUAAUAACAGCAAGAAAAAAAACAUUAAUAAAAUGUUUAAGUUACACAAAAUAACUAAAAGCCUUUGCAGGCUUUUAGUACUUUUGUUUCUCUACAACAUAUGCCUGUUAAGCGGGGUGUCAGCGGCGGGAGGAGAUUUAACCGAAGCCGAGGAAAAGGCGGCAGUAUUGGAUGCCAAAGUUAAAGUGUUCACUGUAGCCACAGAAGAAACUGAUGGUUUCUUGCGUUAUAUUCGCUCAGCUAAAGUUUAUGGUAUUGAGGUUACCCCUUUGGGUAUGUAUAAAAAAUGGAAGGGUGGCGAUAUGGAGGGUCCCGGAGGUGGUUUCAAAGUUAACCUCCUCAGAGAAGCUCUAAAACCUCUGAAGGAUGAAAAGGAUACCAUUAUCUUAUUUACCGAUAGCUACGAUGUCCUUUUCACCACUGGCCUACCCGAAAUUCUACAAAAAUUCAAAGAGUCUAAUGCCAAACUUUUAUUCUCCGCCGAAAAAUACUGCUGGCCUGAUGAGAGUUUAGCUAAUAAAUAUCCUGCUGUAGAACCUAAUGCUUCACCCUACCUCAAUUCUGGAGCCUUUAUCGGUUAUGCUCCACAAGUAUGGGCUUUAUUAGAAGCCGAAAUUGCCGAUACAGACGAUGAUCAAUUGUACUAUACUAAAGUUUUCCUAAAUGAGGAAUUGAGAAAGAAAUUGGACAUGAAAUUGGAUACCACCUCGAUAUUGUUCCAAAAUCUUAAUGGUGCCAAAGAUGAUGUUAAAUUGGAUGUAGAUUUGGAUACCAAUGAGGGUGUUUUGAAGAAUAUUAACUUUUUGACCACUCCCAGUAUUUUGCAUGGCAAUGGUCCUAGUAAAUUGGAAUUGAAUGCAUUUGCUAACUAUUUGGCUAAGACUUUCAGUGGUACUUGUUUGUUGUGCCGUGAGGAUCGUGUGGAAUUGCAAGAAAACCAACUUCCCACUAUUGCCUUAUCCAUUAUGAUUACCCAAGCUGUGCCUUUCUUUGAUAUGUUCUUAAACAAAACCGCUGAGUUAAACUAUCCUAAAAAUAAAAUGCAUCUUUUUGUCUAUAGCGGUGUGGAAUUCCAUGAUGCUUUGGCCAAAUCUUAUGUUAAUCGCUAUAAAAGUGAAUAUAUUACCUCGAAAAUUGUUUUAUCCACCGAUGAGUUUGAUGAGAGAAGAGCUCGCCAAUUGGCUUUACAACAAGCUCAACAGAAUGAGGUGGACUAUGCCUUCUUUAUCGAUGCUGAUGUUCAUAUUGAUGAUCCUGAUGUAUUGCGUGAAUUGUUGAGUUUGGAUAAACAAUUUGCUGCUCCUGUUGUUAGUAAAUACAAUGAAUUGUGGAGUAACUUCUGGGGUGCUUUAAGUGAAGGUGGUUAUUAUGCUCGUUCUCCCGAUUAUGUUGAUAUUGUUAAGGGUGAUAUACUUGGCAUUUGGAAUGUUCCCUAUGUGUCCAGUAUAUAUUUGAUCAGAAAUACUGCUUUCAAACAUAUCAACUAUGAACAUAAAUAUUUUGACCCCGAUAUGGCCAUGUGUGAUUCAUUGCGGAAUAAGCGCGUUCACAUGUUCAUCAUUAAUGAUCGCAUCUAUGGUCAUUUAGUGCAGGCCGAGGGCUUCGAUACCACCGUUGCACGUCCCGAUUUCUAUACUCUGUUCAGCAAUAAAUUCGACUGGAUUAAGAAGUAUAUACACCCCAAUUUCACGCAACAAUUGGAGGCUAACUACACCUACAUACAACCCUGUCCCGAUGUCUAUUGGUUCCAAAUUGCUACCGAUGCUUUCUGUGAUGAUCUAGUAGCCAUAAUGGAAAACUUUGGUAAAUGGUCUGAUGGCAGCAGUAAAGAUGAUCGUCUCGAGGGUGGCUAUGAGGCAGUGCCAACACGUGAUAUUCAUAUGAAACAAGUGGGUUUGGAUCAGUUGUGGUUGCAGUUUUUGAAUUUGUUCGUAAGACCUUUACAGGAGAAGGUCUUUUUGGGUUAUUUCCAUAAUCCUGUUCGCUCCCUAAUGAACUUUGUGGUGCGCUAUCGUCCCGAUGAACAACCCUUCCUUAGGCCACACCAUGACUCCUCCACCUAUACCAUUAAUAUUGCCCUAAAUCGUGCUGGUAUCGAUUAUGAGGGUGGCGGAUGUCGUUUCUUGCGUUACAAUUGCUCGGUAACGGCCACCAAAAAGGGUUGGAUGCUUAUGCAUCCAGGACGUUUGACUCAUUAUCAUGAGGGUCUACGUGUGACCAAUGGCACUCGUUAUAUUAUGAUUUCUUUUAUUGAUCCUUAAGCUGCAGGCAAAACAUAAGAAAGAGGCCUUAAAAACUAUCAGUCAUUUGUAUGAUCGUUUCCUAGUUAUCAACAUAUCCAAAGAACCAUUAAAUAUUUUUUUAUUCAAAAAAAAAA